AUGGUCUCAUUUCAUAUCGUUCAAUCUUAUAAUCCUGAUGAAGGUAACUUAUGUAGAAUUCAUGCAGAUGCGUUUACCAGAAUGACUGUGUUAAAUGAACUAUCCUCGCUCCGUUCGGUUACUCUUCGCUUCCAUCAUGACCAUCCUGAAUUAGCCACAAGUAUGAUCAUCAAUACAAAACUUACUUAUUUGGAAUUGCUGUUUUAUGGAACACAAGAGAAGAUAUCGAUCUAUUCUUUGAUUCCUCUUCUUCGUAUGUGUACUGCAUUACGCAAACUAAAUGUUAUGCUUAAAGCCACAAAAUCAGAAGAUAAUUAUAUCAAUACUCCAAAUUUAUUGUCAGUGAAUGAACACGAGUCAUCCACAAUAUCGCCAUUGAAAAGAUUGGAACUGCAGAUAUUUACACAAUUUGAUGUUCGUUCACUGAAUUCUAUUCUUCCUUGUGUGCCUAAUCUUGAAGAAUUUUGUGUUAAUCUCGUCAGUGACCAUAUGAAUGCAUCAUAUAUGGAUUUGUUAGUUGAUGGACACAGCUGGCAACGAUUAUUCACGAGUCACGUGGCAAAUCUGAAGAAAUUUGAUUUUCACAUGUCUUUUCUAAUCUGUGAGAAAUUAGUAGAUUCGACCAUGAUCCUUCACUCGUUCAAUUAUUUUCAAAAACACUAUGAUAGUUGGCAUAUGGCUGUCAGUCGAUGGAAAAUCCUUGAAGAAUUCAUGCCGUAUGAGCAGAUUGUUUUGCGCACACUGAAUUACAGAUAUCUGCCACCACGAUAUAAAUGUCCGAUCGAAGUAGAUAUAUGUUGUAACACGGUCAAAAUAAUAUCCUCGGAUAUGUCAAAUGGUAGUAUCUACCGAUAUCAAUCACAUAACGAUGCAGUAACGUUUUAUAUGCCGACAUAUAUGGAAAAACAAAAUAUUGAACCAUCUUCAAAGAUUCCGUUUAGAAAUGUCAAUUUUCUUACGAUAGACUUAUCCUUCGAAUUACUGGAUAUGUCUCAACUAUUCCAAAGCAUCUAUAAGUCAAUUUUUACACAUUCAUAUGAGAAUGAAUCAUAUCAAUAUGUUAAAAAUCUUUCAUCUCUUAUUGAUUUAUCCACUGUUUCGACUUUGAAAUUUGAGCAUACCAAUAACCCACCACGACUAUACGUUGUACCACAUGUUUUAUUAGCAUGUGUCAAUGUUACAAAGCUUAUUAUGCCCACUUCAUUAUUUUUCUCGUCUGACUUCAUCGACGAUCCUUACCAUCUUCUCGCUUUUGGUCGAAUAACGCAACUAAAUUUAGUUUCAGAUUAUGCGUAUCUUCCGCCGAAGUGUGGAUCGAAAAUCGUUGAACGUUUUCCAUCUUUGUCAUAUAUCGAAACUGAUGUAUACUCACUUGAUUGCACUGUACCACUCGUCGAUAUUUUUGUGGGCGGUCUGAAAAUGCUACGUCAUCUUGUCAUGGGAUUUUCUCAUGAAGGUUUGAUUGACGAUGCAAUUUCACGAGAUCACGUCAUUGAAAAGCGACGUCAAUCAUUUGGUUUAAAUAGAAACGAUGAAUGCAAAGUAGUUGUGAAAAUCGAAGAUCAUAAUACAUUGUAUAUUUGGAUUCCAUGA